UAUCCGAGGCUUCCCUCCGGGAAGAAGGUCCGGAGCUGCCUUCAGCCUAAUAUGGGGUGGGAAGCUGAGGGAAGCUUAUUUCCUGCUCGGGGUGUCCCUGCCCUGGGGACUGGCCGAGCCGCGGAGGACCCACACUGGGCCGCGGGGGCGGGCAGAGCUGUGAAAGCUCCCGGUGGUGCGGCGGCGGCAGCAGCGACUUGAGGAGGCGGAGAAGCCUUCUGGCUGGUGGAGAAGACUCCAGUGGGCGACUCGGGGUGGAAUCCUGGGGAGGGGCUCCACCUACUUGAGUGGGGGUGCGGACUGCCCGCGUGCUCGGGUGGGUGCGGGGGUUCCCUGGGUGGGCUAACCGUCUGUGGGUGUACGGGUGUUUGCGCCGCUGCGCCGCGGUGAGUGGAGGGCAGAAGGGGCUUCCCUGGGUCCGAAGGUGCCUCCCUAUGGGAGCACGCACCUUCUGUGGAGCGUGGAGGCCAGGACACGGCCUGGCUGGGAAUUGUGCUGCACUUGGCUUGGGGCACUGUCGUCCUCGGAGAGUCCCCUACUCCAGGGAUGGGAUCGAUAAGUCUAGUCGUCCGGAUUAGAGUUGGGUUCAGGGGGAAGAUAAAGAGGUGUUCCUUUGCAAGGAAAUCCCUCGUUAAGUAAGGGGAUCCCCGUUUCCGUGGAAGGAAAGAUGACCUCGCAUCAUCCCUUUUCUGGUGUUUCCUAUUUUCAGGGAAAGGCAGUAGCAGUAGCAGUUAUCCUAUGUAGGGCUUUAUCAGAGUGAGGGAUUUGUAUCCUUUGAGGGGCGUUGAUGGGGAUAGCUUCCACCUCCAUCUGUACACAAACAGCCCCUCCCCCAGCCUCCCGCAGGAAGUGGCCGGGAAAUGGCAGCUGUGCGUUUGCUGCUGUGACUCUUGUUGUUUUGAAAUGUCCAUUUUAAUUAGAUUUGGUUUCGUUUUCUGAGGCUUUCUGGGCAAGCUUGGAUCCUACCAACCGUGUGACCUGAGAGACUUUUCGUUGAACCCUUCCCCCGUGGAUAAACUUAAUUUGUCAACUAAAAGUUGUCUACUGCAGUGGUCCCGCUAAUCCCGAUUCCCCUCCUCCAGAAUAUCUCUUUAUCCCUGAGGUCCUCUCCCCCACCACCCCAAUUUGCGCUGGAGGUACUCAGUGUACACCAUCAGUAUAAGUGAUGAGUCCCUCGUAUAGAGAGCUGCUAUGAGAAUGGCUUCUUCGGAUUCUGCUUAAUAUGUUAUUUGACAGUUUUUACAUUACACAGCUUCUGGGCAAGUGAAUUUGUGAAGUAAAGAAGGAAAUAUUCUGACAAGUGGAGGAAGAGAAAUGGAGGCAAACGACCAUUUUAACUUUACUGGCCUUUCCUCUGCACCUGCUGCCUCAGGACUGAAACCCUCUCCCUCAGGGGAGGGCCUCUACACUAACGGGUCUCCCAUGAACUUCCCUCAGCAAGGGAAAAGUUUGAAUGGGGAUGUGAAUGUUAAUGGCUUAUCUACUGUAUCUCACACUACUACUUCAGGGAUUUUGAACUCUGCUCCCCACUCCUCCAGCACCUCACACCUCCAUCAUCCCAACGUGGCCUAUGACUGUCUCUGGAACUACUCACAGUACCCAUCUGCCAAUCCUGGCAGCAACCUCAAGGACCCACCCCUUCUCUCCCAGUUCUCGGGGGGACAGUACCCACUCAACGGCAUUCUUGGGGGCAGCCGGCAACCUUCAUCCCCAAGUCACAACACUAACCUUCGAGCUGGUAGCCAAGAGUUCUGGGGCAACGGUACCCAGAGUCCAAUGGGGCUUAACUUUGAUUCACAGGAACUGUAUGAUUCCUUUCCUGACCAGAAUUUUGAGGUGAUGCCCAAUGGACCCCCAGGUUUUUUCACCUCCCCACAGACUUCUCCUAUGUUGGGAUCUAGUGUCCAGACCUUUGCGCCCUCCCAGGAGGUAGGCAGUGUAAUCCACCCUGAUGAGGCAGCAGAAAAGGAGUUGACUUCAGUCGUGGCAGAGAAUGGCACUGGCUUGGUAGGCAGCCUGGAGCUGGAAGAAGAGCAACCAGAACUAAAGAUGUGUGGAUAUAAUGGCUCUGUCCCCUCUGUGGAGUCAUUACACCAAGAGGUCUCAGUCCUGGUUCCUGACCCCACAGUAAGCUGUUUAGAUGACCCUUCUCAUCUUCCUGAUCAACUAGAAGACACUCCAAUCCUCAGUGAAGAUUCUCUUGAGCCUUUUGACUCUCUGGCACCAGAGCCAGUGAGUGGAGGACUUUAUGGUAUAGAUGACACAGAACUGAUGGGUACAGAGGACAAACUGCCUCUUGAAGAUAGUCCUGUGAUCUCUGCCCUUGAUUGUCCUUCACUUAAUAAUGCUACCACCUUCAGUCUCCUGGCCGAUGACAGUCAAACAUCAGCUUCUAUCUUUGCCAGCCCUGCCUCUCCACCCGUCUUAGGGGAGUCUGUUCUGCAGGAUAACAGCUUUGACCUGAAUAAUGGCAGUGACGCCGAACAGGAAGAAAUGGAGACUCAGGGUUCUGACUUCCCUCCACCCCUGACCCAGCCACCCCCUGAGCAGUCAUCCACUAUUCAAAUUGAACUACAUCCAGUAGCCUCACCAGCAGUCUCACCAGCAGUCUCCCCAGAAGUCUCCCUGUCAGUUUCUCCAGCAGCCUCUCCACAUCUCUCCCCAGCAGCUUGCCAAGUGGUCUCUCCCAGUUCCUCAGCAGUCCUACCGGCAGUCUCUAUGGAAGUUGCCUUGACAGCUCCAGUGAGCUCCCCAAAACCUUCCCCUGUAACUUCCCCAGCUUCUGUCUCUCCAACAAAUAAACAUGUCAGCAGCUUUCAUGAAGGCACUGGUGACCUGGAAGAGAUCACAGGAGAAGUCACUACUUCUGGUAGUGCUGAUGUCCUGAGGAGACGUAUCGCUACUCCGGAAGAAGUUCGUCUUCCCCUCCAACAUGGGUGGCGGAGAGAAGUGCGCAUCAAGAAGGGCAGCCACCGAUGGCAAGGGGAGACCUGGUAUUAUGGACCCUGUGGGAAGAGAAUGAAACAGUUUCCAGAAGUGAUCAAGUAUCUGAGCCGCAAUGUGGUACACAGUGUGCGCCGUGAACACUUCAGCUUCAGUCCUCGUAUGCCUGUUGGAGAUUUCUUUGAAGAGAGAGACACACCAGAGGGCUUGCAAUGGGUUCAACUCUCAGCAGAAGAAAUUCCAUCCAGGAUUCAGGCAAUUACUGGCAAACGGGGUCGACCUCGAAACAAUGAAAAGGCUAAGACUAAAGAAGUCCCCAAGGUGAAACGGGGCCGAGGUCGGCCACCCAAGGUCAAAAUCCCUGAGCUAUUAAAUAAGACAGACAACCAUCUUCCAAAGAAACUGGAGGCCCAAGAAACACUGAAUGAGGAAGAUAAAGCAAAGAUGAGUAAAAGCAAGAAGAUGAGACAGAAGGUACAGCGGGGAGAAUGUCAGUCUCCUAUCCAAGGGCAGCCCAAGCAGAGAUGCUUUCAGAGUUUGAGGAGAAAUGACUUCCCUUAUGGUUUACAGGCCAAAAACAAGAGGAAACCAGAAACCAAAAGCUUAAAACAGAAGGACACCAAGAAGAAAUUGAAGGGUGAGAAAGAAAAGAUAAAGACAAAGCAGGAAAAAGUGAAGGAAAAAGUGAAGAAGGAAAAGGUAAAAAUGAAGGAAAAGGAUGAAGUGGCCAAAGCCAAGCCAACUUGUAAAUCAGAUAAGACCCUCACUACCCAGAAACGCCUGGAGGAACGGCAGAGGCAGCAGAUGAUCUUGGAGGAGAUGAAGAAGCCCACAGAGGAUAUGUGUCUAACUGACCACCAGCCCUUGCCUGAGUUCACACGCAUCCCUGGUUUGACACUGCCCAGUAGGACUUUCUCAGACUGCUUGACCAUUGUGGAGUUCCUGCACAGCUUCGGCAAGGUGCUGGGCUUUGACCCUAACAAAGAUGUGCCUAGCCUGGGAGUCCUGCAGGAGGGACUCCUGUGUCAAGGUGACAGCUUGGGCAAGGUGCAAGAUCUAUUGGUACGGCUCCUAAAGGCUGCGCUCUAUGAUCCUGGACUGCCCUCCUAUUGUCAGUCUCUGAAGAUCUUGGGAGAGAAGGUAUGUGAGAUCUCACUGACAAGAGACAAUGUGUCUGAGAUCCUACGCUGCUUCCUCAUGGCAUAUGGAGUAGAGCCCACCCUAUGUGACAGCCUACACACUCAGCCUUUUCAGGCCCAGCCACCCCAGCGGAAAGCUGCUAUCCUGGCCUUCCUUGUGCACGAGCUGAACGGGUCUACCCUUAUCAUCAAUGAGAUUGACAAAACUCUGGAGAGUAUGUCCAGCUACAGGAAAAACAAGUGGAUUAUUGAAGGCCGGCUCCGGAGACUGAAAACAGCUCUGGCUAAGCGAACUGGGCGGCCUGAGAUAGAGAUGGAAGGACUAGAGGAAGGCCUGGGACGGAGGCGUAGUUCUCGGAUAAUGGAAGAAACCAGUGGCAUGGAAGAGGAAGAAGAAGAGGAAACUCUAGCAGCUGUCCAUGGUCGAAGAGGUCGAAGAGAUGGAGAGGUUGAUGUUAUAGCAUCUAGCAUCCCGGAGUUAGAGCGCCAGAUAGAAAAACUCAGUAAGCGUCAGCUGUUCUUUCGCAAAAAGCUACUUCAUUCAUCCCAGAUGCUUCGAGCAGUCUCCUUGGGGCAAGACCGAUACAGACGCCGCUACUGGGUAUUGCCAUAUUUGGCUGGUAUCUUUGUGGAAGGAGCAGAAGGGAGCCUAGUUCCUGAAGAUACAAAGCAGGAGAGUGAUUCCUUAAGGGUGACAGUCCAUCCAGCACCCACUCCUGCCUUCUUCUCUGUGAAGAGAGAAUUAAGUAGCUGUAGCACCUCUGCCAGUUCUGCCCGGACACGAGGCCGACCUCGAAAAACUAAACCUGGGUCAAUGCAACCUAGAAACCUGAACUCUUCUCUCAAAGGCCAGGAUUCAGAACAACCCCAGGACCGGCUUCAGCCCAAGGCGCAGCCCCAUCUUCAGCCUCAGGCUCCUCCCCAGCUCCAGCCCCAGCCCCAAUCCCAUCAUGAAUCCCUGGAGCUAGAAGGCUCUCCUUUGUCUCUGAGUCAGAGCCAGCAUGACCUCAGCCAGUCAGCUUUCCUGUCUUGGCUGAGCCAGACUCAGAGUCAUGGUUCUUUGCUGAGUAGCUCAGUCCUCACACCUGAUAGCAGCCCAGGAAAGUUAGACCCAGCCCCCUCACAGCCCAUGGAGGAGCCUAAUGAGGCAGAGUCUGGCCUUGAUCCUCCAGCAUCCUGGUUUAAUUUCUCAGCCCAGGUGCCCUGUAAUGCUGCCCCUACACCGCCCCCUGCAGUUUCUGAGGAUCAGCCCACUCCUUCCCCUCAGCUGCCUGCCUCAAAGCCAUCACAGAUGAAUAGACCUAGUGCCGCCAACCCUUCUUCUUCAGCACAGUUCUCGUCCACCCCCUUGACUGGGGUAACUCCUAAGAGGCUAGCAGCAGACUCUGGAGAAAUGCUACAGAGUCCCACAGGGCUGGGACAGCCAAAACGGAGAGGAAGACCUCCCAGCAAGUUAUUCAGACAGAUGGAGCAGCGUUACUUAACCCAGCUGACAGCCCAGCCUGUUCCCCCUGAGAUGCGUUCAGGCUGGUGGUGGAUUCGAGAUCCUGAGGUGCUGGAUGUCAUGCUCAAGGCCCUACACCCCCGAGGCAUCCGGGAGAAGGCACUUCACAAACACCUUCACAAGCACAGGAACUUCUUGCAAGAAGUCUGUUCACGGCCCUCAACUGAUCCCAUCUUUGAGCCUAGUCAGCUACCUCCCUUUCAAGAAGGGGUUAUGAGCUGGUCACCCAAAGAGAAGACAUAUGAAACAGACCUGGCUGUGCUUCAGCGGGUAGAGGAUCUUGAACAGCGGGUUAUCCUGUCUGACCUGCAGAUUCGGGGCUGGACAUGUCCUAGUCCAGACUCUACUCGUGAAGACCUGGCCUACUGUGAGCAUCUAGCUGACUCCCAGGAGGACAUCACCUGGAGAGGUCGCAGCAGAGAAGGGCUGGCACCUCAGCGUAAAAGUACCAACCCUCUGGACCUGGCUGUGAUGCGACUGGCUGCAUUAGAACAGAAUGUGGAGCGGCGGUACCUGCGGGAGCCUCUCUGGCCAGCUCAUGAGGUGGUACUAGAAAAGGCACUGCUCAGCACACCCAAUGGGGCCCCUGAGGGCACCACGACAGAGAUCUCAUACGAAAUCACCCCUCGGGUUCGGGUUUGGCGCCAGACACUUGAGCGGUGCCGGAGUGCAGCCCAGGUGUGCUUAUGCAUGGGCCAGCUGGAACGGUCCAUUGCCUGGGAAAAGUCUGUCAACAAAGUGACCUGUCUAGUCUGCCGGAAGGGUGACAAUGAUGAGUUUCUUCUGCUUUGUGAUGGGUGUGACCGCGGCUGCCACAUUUACUGCCAUCGGCCCAAGAUGGAGGCUGUCCCAGAAGGGGACUGGUUCUGUGCUGUCUGUUUGGCCCAACAGGUGGAGGAAGAGUUCCCUCAGAAACCUGGUUUCCCAAAGCGAGGGCAGAAACGGAAAAGUGGUUACUCACUGAACUUCCCAGAAGCUGAGGGCCGGCGCCGCCGGGUACUGUCAAGGGGCCGAGAGAGCCCAUCAUCAAUACCCCGAUACUCAGAAGAAGGGCUGUCUCCCUCCAAGCGACGUCGACUCUCCAUGCGGAACCACCACAGCGAUCUCACGUUCUGCGAGAUUAUCUUGAUGGAGAUGGAGUCUCAUGACGCAGCCUGGCCUUUCCUGGAACCUGUGAAUCCACGACUGGUGAGUGGCUACCGGCGCAUCAUCAAGAACCCAAUGGAUUUUUCCACCAUGCGGGAGCGGCUGCUCCGAGGAGGGUACACCAGCUCAGAGGAGUUUGCUGCUGAUGCCCUUUUGGUUUUUGACAACUGCCAGACCUUCAACGAGGAUGACUCUGAAGUGGGCAAGGCAGGACACAUUAUGCGCCAGUUCUUCGAGAGCCGCUGGGAGGAGUUUUAUCAGGGAAAACAGGCCAAUCUCUGAGGCAAGGGAGGUGGGGAGUCAUCUGUGGCCUCUCUCGUACCUUCCACAACCUGCCAUUCACACCUGCUGAUGGUGCCCUGGGGCCAGGCUCAAGUCAGAUAGCUGAUUUUUGAUCCUGCCCUUGGCAGCACCCACGUCCUCUUACCCCUAGUCCCCUUUCUCCCUUCCUCCUCCUGCUCCUCAAAUAAGAGGUGUGGAGAUGAGGUCCUUCUGGACUGAAAAGCCAAAAAAGAAAGACAAAAUAAUUUUUCCUGUUUUAUUUCCUAAUUAAAAAUGUGGAGGGGGAAAGAAGUCCCUACUUCCUCCUCCCCACUUCCUCUCCCUCCCUGUCCAUGCCCCAGCAUUCUGGGGUGAUUUAACAAUAGCAAUAGUUCUAGUGAAUGUGUGAAACCGAGAAACACUCUGUACUGUGUGCGGACCCGCAGUGACGGCCAGUAAAGUGAACUUAACCCCAGGCGUGUCGCCGACACGGGCCCUGGACAUGCUGCUUCCACGUGCAGACCCAUCCUGUCUUGCUUCCUCCCGGCUUCCCCUCCCCCGCCAUUUCCCAGUUUUUUCAGAUUUUCUCAUCCAAUAAUGUAAAACUCUUGUGUACGGGUUUCUCCCUCCUUUUCCCCAAAUCUUUUUCCCCUUCAAAGGAAAAAAAUUUAGAAGUCCCUGUUUUUCUCUCUGUCCUCAUCUUCCUGCUGAUAGCUGUUCCAUGUAAAAUGUUGGAUGCUCCUCACAUGCUGAGUUUCCAUCCUUUCCUCAAACUCAGUGACUGGGGAGAGGGUGGCCGGUACCCAGGGCCUUCCAGCCUCCUUCCUCACCUGCUUUCCCAAACUUCCCUCUUGGGAACUCCUCAGGGACAACUACUGCUGAGUUUGGGUGCACCUCUGAGAUAAAGGCCGGGUAGCACUUGACUGGCCUCAGAGUGGAAGAGUGGUGGGUGUGGUGUGCAUGCACACAUGCCUUGACUGACCCUAUUUUGAUGAGAUCCAUUUCAUUUGUUUUCCCCAAGUAUGUUUUUAAUCCUACUGUUCCCUUGUUUCAUACCAUCACUUCUAUGUCUUUGGGAAACCACAGGAACAAUUUCUCUGGGUCAUUUCUGUUCCAGCCUCUUCGAACUGUGCAAUCUUUCAGUAGGCGCACUCCCCCUCAGGAGCUUUGAGUCUCACAUUUUUGCAGGGAGAGGGGUAGAACUGGAUCUUUCCUAAUCCCAUCAGCAUCUAUGUGUUUAGUUGUACUUUUCCUUCCUUUUAUCUACUCAUACCCUGGGAUCCUUUCCCAGCAGCAGAGACUCCUGAGCACAGGAGAGGGAAGGGAGAGGGCUUCUGGGUCCACCAACCUACCUGUGACUGCCCAAGUGAGCUCCCAGUCUAUGAGAAAACUGCUCACUCAGACCAUAGCCAUGGCCCCAGCCCCCUGCUCCUGCUCAGCGAGCCCCUCCCACCAGAGAUUACGGGUACUUGCACUGGGGAGGUGGCUGCUAGCUGCCCGAGCAGAGCUGAGGCAUCAGAAGUGUCCACUGAUGCAGCACCACAGAAGGGUGCCUGCCGGGCAGCAGAGCGAUCAUUCCAGUACUUCUGGCAGCACUGAAGGGGGGGGGGGCUGCAGUGUAGGUCUUGGGCACCUCCUUAGUCCUGUACGUCCCUUCUCUCCCAGAGCCUAUUUCUAAAGUCGCCUUUUCUGUCAGAUAAACCUCAGAACUUUUAAUUUUGAGAUUUUUUUUUUUUGCUUUUAAAUAAGAGGUGGAUUGAAGAAUAAUUGACUUUAUAUUAUGCAUAAAUAUUUAUAUUUUAUCUAAAUAACUGCGCUGUAACAAACUUUGUGUUAGACAUUUGGAACUGUUCUAGUUGGGCGCCCAUCUUUCUCCCCAUGACAGUUUUCCUCUGGCAUAAAAUGUCGAUUACUUUUCAUUGUUGGAGGUGGGGUGCAUGGGGUGAGGUCUCAGUUGUCUGCUGUGUGUUCCUCUCCGGCUCCCUCCAUAGGGACCAGGCAUUCUGCAAGGGGGUUAGAGACUGUAGAGGGGUGGGGACAGCACAAGCAGGGGGGCCAUUUCUCACUUUCCUUUCCCCAUCUUCACUGCCCCUUAAGCUAGGUGGAUUUCUCUGUUGAUGAGAGUAUUUGUAGAGAAGGCAGUAAAAAGUAAGACAGCCCCCCACCCCUUAGUUGCCCUUCCCCUAUCAGUCUGGUAACAGCAAGAAAACCACAUCAUUGACACCAAGUUUCCAUGUUCCUUUUACUUCAGAAGGGACUGACUUUUUAUAUAACCAAAUGUGGUGUUUUAGUGACUUUUUGAUAAUGUACAGUUUUUUGUGAAUUUAAAUUUAUUUCUUUCUAUAUUUUUAGGACCAAUCUCAUUUUUAAUAAGGUUAAAAAAAAGAAAAGUCUAGAGAAAAAAGCCUCCUGUUUUUGCCAUGUGAUGUUCCACAUGUGAUGCAGCUGUAGAAAAGUGCUUGUCAGUUGAAUAAAAACCACAUUUGAUAGAGA